CCCCCCACCACGACGGCGCGAGCCGCUGUACCAGCCCCUGAGGCGGCGCCAGCCACACUAGCCAGCCUCGCGGGAACCGGCGGUACAGUGCGGGGCGGCGCGAGCUGUUUGCCCUCCCCGGACUGGCGACAAGUGCGGGCGGAAGUGAGCCCUGCGGUUGGGCAGAAGGGGUCCAGCUGAGAUUCCAGAGUGCCACAGUUUAUCCCGGGAACAUAGUCGUUAGCGAUGCCCAGCCCAUCCACCCCGCAUUCUCCACAGCGGCUUCACUCCUACUUUGUACCAGGAGAGACUGAAAACAGGGGUGCCAUAUUGGUUAAGGGCAAGAGCUGGCAUAGGAUCUCGGAAGCGCAUGCGCCGCAGCGUACACUACCUUGGCCGCAGAGGAGACAUAGAAGUCCUUUGAGUUAACGUAAUUAUGCUGCGCCGGAACAGGCGGGUCACGCGAGGAGGCUGGGUGCUUGGUGUACUUAGAGACUCCCUUGAAGUAUCAUGGCAGUCAAGUGGACUAAUGGACAUUCCUCUUCUAUACUGUGCUUGAAUGUAAACAAAGAAGGGCUGGUAGCUUCAGGAGCAGAGAGAGGAGAACUCACAAUCUGGAAUGAAGAAGGGAUUCAUUUAGGACAAAUACAGCUCCCAAGAGCAGAUGAUGUCACCUGUGUUGUGUUCUCUCCCACCUAUCCCAGCAGGCUGUACACCUCCCAUGGUGAAACCAUUAGCGUGUUGGAUGUCAGAUCCCUUAAGGGGCCAGUUGAAUGCUUUCAUCUGAAUGAGGAAGAGAUCAAUUGCCUGUCAGUGAAUGAGAUAGACAGUGUCCUGGCUGCUGCAGAUGACUCUGGGGCAAUAAAAAUUAUGAACUUGGAAAACAAGAAAGUCAGCCGGUCCUUGAGGAGGCAUUCAAACAUCUGCUCCUCUGUUGCCUUUCGACCUCAGCGCCCUCAAAGCCUUGUGUCUUGUGGACUGGACAUGAAGGUUAUGCUGUGGAACCUGCAGAAAGCUCGCCCACUGUGGACCGUAACCCUGCAGGAGAACGAAGCAGAGGGAGCAGAACACCAAUCAGCUGGCCAGUUCCUUAAUCCUCCCCUAGCCCAUUCUCUGUCUGUUGCAGCAUGUGGCAACGUCUUUGGUUGUGCAGGCGAAGAUGGUAAAAUCCGGAUCUUCAGGGUAACAGGUGUCAAGUUUGAACAGGAGCUGGGGUUUAAGGGUCACACUUUGGGGGUGUCACAGGUCCUCUUUCUGCCAGAAGUAUAUUGGCUGCUUUCUGGAGGAAAUGAUGGGAAGGUGUUACUGUGGGAUGUCAGCAAUGAAGUUGGGAAGCAACUGACGAGUCCUGUGAAAUCCAUCCACAGGAGGAAGGCCAGAACACCAACUUCCACCAAGAGAGAUGGAGAGCCCAACACAAUGGUUACAAAUGAACAUAUCAGAAUUUUACCAAAACUAAGCAUAGAACAUGGAGAGAAGGUGAACUGGAUUUCAUAUGCAGAGAUCAAAGGCUUCAGGAGGAUAUUAGUUGCGGAUCAGAGCAGCUGUAUAUCUGUAUAUCCUCUGACAGAAACCUAGACACACAUUGUUUAAGGAAAUCUUGGCAAGUAGCUAGUUUUUUGGGUUGUUUUGAGCUGGCCUACCUGGUUCCCUACAAAGUACCCUCCUGUUUGUUACCAUGGAGAGUAAACUUCCUGUAGCUUAAAUAAUUACCAGCUCUUGUGCAUGUUUAGAAGUGGCCAGGAAUUUGCUCUGGCACAUUACGUACAUAAGUAACAUUGCUUUAUCUUUUUCAAUAGUGGCACAUCUUCACUGUAAAUAUUUUCUUAUGGGGUUGGAAGACGGUGCAUCUUGAAUAUAGGUGUGACUUUGUUUGAAAUGGAUUGAGAGGAAUUGCAGGAUCAAAUAUGAACAGACUGAGGCAGCCUCAUGCUGCAGGUUGUAACAUUUUGUGUUUCAGUCUGCAAACAUUGUAAGAAAGAAUCUAUUCAGUCUGGGAGAAAAAUGGUGGCCUUUUCUGUAAAAACUAAAUCAAUGGGUGUGAUAAGCUUUGCUGAAGGUGUAAUUGACUGGAGUCCUCAAACCCCUGUACUAUAACAAAACUAAUUUUCCUGUUUUGCCUCCUUACCUCUUUAGUUCUUUGCUUUCCCUAUUUCAACAUUUCUGGCAAUUUAGGCCUAAAUUAGACAUAUUCUCUGAUUAUCUGAGCUGCAGCAACUGAAAAUGUGGGUUGCAAGCAUGUUUGAACUAUUUUUAAUUGAAUAUAGAUAAGAAUAAUUACGGAAGUGGGUUAAAUAGCUAAAUUGAUUAAAGUUCAUCAUUAAGUGGGAUUUUCAGACUGGAACAACAUUGGGGGUGGGGGGAAAUGUUAACAGCUGUUUACUUGGCUUGUCCUCCUCUGAUUUUGUGUGUCACAGAAGAAAAAAUCUUUUAAAUCUGUUUCAAUAAAAGCUUUCUAGCUCACUGUGCUCCUUGUGCUCCUGCUAGCUCUUGUAUGACUAUCCUAUGUAACCCCAUAUGCUGUGCAAAAUGUGAAGUUGAGUAUUUUAUAACUUAAAUGCAGAGUAUAAUAAAAAUAUAGAGGGCCAAAUGCUGCUGUCUUCCUUACACAAAUAGUAUCACUGAUUUCAAGGGCUCCUUGCAUAAAUAGGGCAAGCAGGUUCUUGCCCUAGGUGGACUGUUAACUUUAAAAAUGUAAAUCCUGUGCCUUUGAAGUUAUUUAAUAAACUCUUGGCUUUUAUGGGAUGUGCAAAUAAUUCAGAAAUUUUAUUUUCCCAGGAUGUCCUGUAUUACUAAUGUGCUAAAAGUGCACUACUUGUACAGUUUGGAAACCAAUCUGACCAAUUAAAUUAUUUCCUUCUCUUUGUUUAUACAUGUAAAGGAGUGAUCUUUGCCAAAAACACUGAACUUUGAAGUAUUAAUCUGACAUUACUAAAAUAAGGUUAAUUUGUGUUUGUCAAUUAGAAGCUUUUUUUGGUGGCAAGCAGUAAGAUAAUGGGAGAGAUGGAUUGUCCUUUUAUCGUAAGAAAAGAGCCAAACUGUAACUAAAAUACUUAGUAGACAUUCCCCUCUGGCUAC